CUCUUUACGUGGGUUCCGGUAAGGUUAUCCACCUAAAGGCUUCCAGCGACAAGUCUGUCACGAUGUCCGGUGCCAUCCUACGUCUGCUGAUGGCCUGGGGCAGACCUCACUGGUCUAAGGCUAUCGCCGUAGAGGAAAGUUUCCACAGGGCAGCUCGCAAUGGGAGGGCCAGUCUAGCUAAUCGCCAUGAAUGGCCCAGUCACGACACACAGACUAUAGUUAGAGAGGCGAGGUCACUCACUGGACCUUUCCACUACAACCUGUUUUUUAACAACUGUGAGCAUUUCGUCAACAAGGUCAAGUACGGCGUGAGUAGGAGCAUUCAGGCUGAAGCUGGCUUUGAUGUUUUAGGAACGUUUGUGUUCGGCCUGCUAGCCUUCACAUCUUCUGGUCUGAGCUUUGUUUCAAGGUAGAAAGUUGGCGAGACUAGCCAGUGAGCCCUUCGUGAAGCAAAUGUUACAAUUCUUGCACAAGAUAGCAUAAGCCUGAUCGUAUCAACAACCUUGCGUAGCUUAAGAGAGAGACUAUAUGAAGGGUUACGUUAGAUACAGAUGAACUAUACAAAGA